AUGGCAGAUACCGAAACUGCCUACGAUACUGAACAAGAUAUGGUUGUGAGGAAAGGCUCUUUGAAUAAUGGUCUGACUGGAAAACACGGCGGCGAGCGUGGCUCUCCCGCGCCAGCGAAGAAGAAGAGGAGGGUUAUCAAACCAAACCCAGACAAGAAAUUUGAAUGCAGACAUGAAGGGUGCGGUAAGAGUUACUCUCGUGCCGAACAUCUAUACAGACACCAGCUGAAUCACACACCCAAGACCAUCUAUCGCUGCGACUAUCCUGAGUGUAGUCGGUAUUUUGUGCGGCAAGAUCUUUGUAUUCGGCAUCGGGAACGACAUACAACACAUGGGUCUCAGUUACACAAAAGAGAUACAUUUGCUCAAUCAACAUCUAAUCCUACUGGUGCCCCAGCCCCUGCCCAGCCUCAACUUGCUCAAGCCCCAAGCUAUUCGAUGCCUGCCCCUGCCGCAAAGACGCCUCAGCAGGAGCAGAGGUCCGUUGUCGCAGCAUCUGUGUACCAUCGUGAUGCUGGCAACUUCAAACAGCACUCUCGUAUCUCCAGCAGUACGAUAUCGCCGUCGACAGCGACAAACGAACCCCAUUUUCAGCCUCGAACGCCUCAGGCCGUCAUAGCCAGACCAGAGCCAACAUUGCAUCGAACUAGCAGCACCGGUGAUACUGCCCCAAGCCCAACGCAAAAACAAGAGCCUGCUUCGUGGUCUUCUGUUUCACGCCGCCAAAGCUUUAACACUGGAGAUAUGCAGAGGGGACAAAUCCAAUAUGCAGCGCUACAGUCCCGAGAGUCGUUUUCGGGAAACGCAAUCCCGCAAUCUCCCAUUCGCCAGUACUCAGCAUCAUCUGCGGCCAACAUCGUGCCAGUUAGGUCGAAUUCUGACACCACUCUCGAGAGACAAGAUGGCUUUGUGCAGCAAACGGAUAUGUCGUCCGUUGUUGCAUACUCCUCUGCGGGUUAUCCACCUGUUGGGGUAUCGCAGACAACGGACGCCGCAUUCGCCGCGGCUGUCUCACAUGGCUUGACCCGGGCAGGAACAUAUCCCUAUCCAGGCAUGACCAGUGGUAUGCCUCAUAUUGAUAUGAACCCUGGCUACGGCUUUCCCAUUUUUGGAGCUGAGGAGUUUACUCAGACACCUUUCGCAGUCGAUGACUUUACACAGUGGCUGUUCAAUGAUGCCAACUCUGGCUCCAAUGGUUUCUCGCCUCCCAAUUACGUGCCAGGUUAUAGUGGACACGAGCAGCCUCAGAUGCAGGGCCCAUACACUUCCCAGAGCCCUUCGUCUAGUGGCACCUAUCCCGGCAACCCUGUGCAACAUUCCAUGAGUGUCACAAGCAUCCUGGAGACCACCACCACAAGUCAAUACAUCAUGUCAGAGUCUAAGCGCCACGAGCUUCUUGACAUUAUGCAGACACAAUUUGUCGAGCGGCCUCAUGAUGCUGUUAAAAAGCGCAAAGCCUCGGUGUUCGAAGGCGAUAUCGACAGUGAUGGACACAUCUUGAGUCUGAGGAUGAUGCACACUUACAUUGGCUCUUACUGGUAUCAUCAACAUGCGCAACUUCCAAUCCUGCAUAAGCCUACCUUUUCUGCCGACCAAACCUCCAACUUGUUGCUCCUUGCCGUCAUCGCGAUCGGCGCUGCUACGUUGGACAAAGCAUAUGGCACAUCACUGACAGAUUCCGCAGCUGAAUUUGCCAAUUUCGUUGCCUGGCAUAUUAGAUGGGAAAUUAUGCGUGACGCUGAUUUUAGACCACCAGCGAAACUAUGGGUGUUCCAGACCUUGCUCCUGAUUGAAGUUUAUGAGAAAAUGUAUGCUACCAGGGCCCUGCAUGAAAGGGCUCACAUUCACCACGACUCUACCUUGACGUUGAUGCGACGAGGUAGUUCCCUUCUGGGCCGUUCAGCGUCUGACUCACCACCAAGUCUGCGUGGAGAACAAGACAACGGUCGGAUGUCAGUGCCUUUCUCCGGGAAAGAGACGGUAAAGUCGGAAGAGUCGUGGUAUCGUUGGAUAACCACUGAGGCAACUCGCCGUGCUGCCUUUGGAGCCUUUGUGAUCGAUUCCAUACACGCCACGAUGUUUGGUCAUGCCGCCAAAAUGGUUGCACAUGAGAUGCGUUUACCUCUACCGUGCGAUGAAGGUCUUUGGUCUGCUGUCUCUGCUGCAGAGGCUGGUCGAGUCCAGACAUCGUUGCAGACGAAUGGCGUCAAGCCUAUCAUGUUUCUCGAUGGGUUGAAAAAGACAUUGAACGGUCAGAGAGUGCGUACAAACUCAUUUGGUCGCACUAUCAUAAUGGCGGGUCUUCUAUCAGUUUCAUGGCAUAUGACUCAGAGAGAUCUACAAAUAUCCUCCCUUGGACCACGCACAGCCAAUUCCUUCGGAGGUCCGGACAAGUGGAAGGCCACGUUGCUCCGAGCGUUCGACAAUUGGAAACGUGACUUCGAUGAGGCAUUGGCUGAAGCAGCGCCAACGCCUGCCUCACCGAUUCGAACGAACGCUGGUCCAUUCCAAGGUUUGCUUCCGCCGGUCGAUGACGAGAAUCUUUUCGAGUCACGCACUGUCCUGCACCACCUGGCACACAUAGCUGCGCAUGUUGAUGUGGUUGACUGUCAGGUCUUUGCUGGUGCCAAUCGUCUUCUGGGGCGAUCCAUCACCCCCAAGGACUACAGCGUGAUCCGCGAAAAGAUUGAACGAUGGGCAACAAAGGCUUCAGCACGGGAUGCUGCAUUCUACGCACUGAAAUUCAUGGCUCAGGUCUUGAUUCCACCUGAUGAUCCGAUAGACGGCAUCAACCGUCGUCUAUAUGGUCAUGCCAGUCCGAUUCUACCUCAAGCAUUCGAGCAUAAUCAGUACAUCGCUCGUGACGAUUUUCUUCUCAACCGUCCGUGGGUCUUGUACAUAUCAGCCCUGGUUGUUUGGUGUUACGGGUUUGCGCUUGAAGGUCCAAUCAAGCCGCCGCCAGCCGCAGAGGAUUUCGUUACGUAUAGGCAAAAGGAACAAGAUAUGCGCGACUAUCUUGAGCGGGUGGGCGGUGUUCGUGCGCCUGACGAUCUUGAGAAUGUCAAGGGCAAAAAUCGGUGUUUGGGUCUUCUGAUGAUUCUCAAGGAGUCCUUCGAAAGCACGAGAUGGGAGUUGACGCAUGAAGCUGCCGGUCUUUUAGGAAAUGCUUGCCUGAAACUUCGAGGCGUCGAGUCGCAUGACGCCGUCGGCCCCAAUACCAGUGAUCUGUCGAGGUCCGAGGUGCCCCUUGGCGGUCACAAUGGCUAUACGAAUGGAUACUCCCAACCCGAUAUGUACGGCGAUAGCAGCCGGGAUCAUCUCACUGUGGCGAGCGCAGCCAAAGUCUAG